AUAAGCCCUUCCCUCGUGCGCAGGGAUGCAGCACAGCUACUACAAAGGGGUUUCAAGAUUAGUUUACAUAUCUGUUUUCUGCCUCUCCUUGUUAGUUGUGAAUAUACUCAUGGUAAAAACUUAUGAGCAGUACAAAGAAAAUGAUUUGUUAAAGAGUAACCAGUUCCCUCUUAAUUCAAUGCAUCACUUUUCCAGGCAAGAAAUCUUAGAGAAACUAUUAUCAAACAUUUUUGUGAAAGAGAAGAACGACUCUGCGAUUGUAAAUGCUAUCCAGAUACUGCUUACUUUACUUGAAACAAGAAGACCGGCCUCAGGAAGCACUGAUAGUGAAGAGAGCACAGAUUCAGAAGAGGAGGAUUCAGUUAAGCAGGGAUUUGAAUCGAGUACAGUCAACCAAGAAGACAAAAUGGAAGUAGAUGCAAAUGAAGCAAGCAGCUGGCCAGCAAGUUUUGAUAUACCAAUGGAAACUGCACACGUUGCUAACCUGGAUUCUGUUGGAUCUGAUGUAUGGAGAUCAGAGGAACCCCUUUCUACAAAAGAAACAGGAUGGGCUUCUUUUACAGAGUUCUCUUCCUCUGUCAGUGCAAAGGAAUCAGGAAGGAGCAACUCCCCUGUUGAAAUGGAAACUAGCACAGGACCUUCAGAUCCACUGAGUGUGAACGCAUCAGCACAAACUGAAAUUACUGUUGCAAUGGAUGCAAGCUCUGAUGGAGAGGAGGAAGUGGAAAACUCUGAUCAAAUGACAGAAACUGUGAUGAAUGGCAGCAUGAAGGAAACGCUUAGCCUUACAGUGGAUGCAAAAACAGAGACUGCAGUUUUUAAAAGUGAGGAAGGAAAACUGUCUACCUCCCAUGAUUCAGCUUGUAAAUAUGUUGUUGUGGAGAACUGUGAUGCUUCUAUGGAAAAUACUUCUGUCCCUCAGCCGAGUUGUAGCAGUCUAGAACAGAGGAUUCCUGAACAAGUCAUAUUAGACAGCACUUCUGCAAAUGGCCCUGUAUGAUGUGUGGUAUCUUCUUUUAACUAAAGAUUCUGAAGACUGAUAUUUUUUGGGUUUUAAAUAGGCUUCUUGCGGAUUCCAGCAAACCCCGUCAAUGCCAGUCACUGCUGCACUAACUUUGCAAGGGAUCAGGACCAGCAACCUUUUUUUUUUUUUUUUUCUUUUUUUUUUUUUUUUUCAGAUUUUAGGGUGUUGUACAGACUUUAAAGUGUAAAAAUAUUUGCACAUUGACAAAAAUGACUUUUUUUGUGUGUUUAUAUUGUAUUGUUUUAAAAAAAGAAAAAAGAAAAAGAAAACGCCCUGUGAAAUAAGAACUCACCACUAAAGUAAUAGUGAUAUUAUGGUAAAAUGGUUGUAUAAUAGUUUUUAUAAAAAGUGUAUACAAAAAUCUAACACAUUUGUAAACAUAACUAUUUGGCAGUUAGUGUGACCAAAGUAUUUACAGGUUUCCCCCCCCAUAUCUUGUACAAUUUUUUCCUUUGAGAUACACCUGUUUUACAAAUGUCCAUAUAAAGGGUUUUAUUUUUUAUUUUUAUUUUAGAAAUAAGAAUUCAGACUGAUAUUUAAUUCCAUUAUCAUUUUGCAGCAUUUUUAUUAUCUGGUAAAUGUUUUGCUGUAUUUUUCCCUCCAGAUCAAAUAUGUCUAUUGGUAAAGAUUUAUAUAUUUAUUGGUAAACUUUUAUGGCAAGCUGAUAAUGAUUUAAAGCCAUAUAUUGUCUUGUUUCUGCUUAAAUAAUUGGUGAACUACAUUGACAUCUGUUUAAUGCCAAUUUCAUGGUCUUUUUUUUUUUAUGCAAACACUAGUUUUAAAACCCUUCAAAAAUGCUGAUGCAGUUACUGUAAACGGGAUUUGCAUUUUUCUGUUUAUAUGAUAAACAAAAGUAAAUUCAACUUUGCAAUUGUAAAACACACAGCUGUUUCUGUACCAAUAUGACUUAUUUUUCAGAUACAAAUUUUAAACCAGUUUUAUUUUAUUUUUUGUCUAACUGGUUUUGUACAUAGCUAGUGAUUGUUGACAUUUAAUUCUAUGUAAUUUAUAAGGUUUCUAUAUUUCUUUAAAAAAAGAGAAAAUGUUAAAGCCUUUUUAGGCAGGAAAGGCAAUGCUAUAAUUCCAAUAUGGAACAAAUUUAUGUUCACUUCUUGCACACACCUUUUUUUUUUUUUUUUUUUUUAUUAUUCUAAAUAAUGUACACCAAUUUGAAUUUAUGAAUGAUUUGGAUUGUGAGAACUUUCCUGACCAGUAUUUAAGGAUGAAAAAGAAACUCAACAGUGGCCAACUCUUUUAGAAGUAGUCUCCCAAGCAACGUGCCUAAGCAUUACAUUGCAUACUAAAAUAAAACAAAAAAACUG